UUCGCCACCUUUGCCAAAUCUCACGAGAGAGAGAGAAGAGAGAAAGUGAGGGAAAAAUAUUGCAUUUCAAAACACCUUUUUUCUCGCUUCUUCUUCCUCUUCCUCCCGUUGCUUUCUUCUUCAUCCUUUUAUAAACAAACACACACCACCGGAAAAUUCUCUGUAUCUCAUAAAACAAAAAACAAAACAAAAUUCACCAAAUCUCUCUCUCUCUCUCUUUGUGUCGAUGGCGGCGGAGAUGAACAACAAUGAUCUAUCCUUCUCCGUAGUAUCGAUCGUUGAAGAUGUUCUUCAACAGCAUAGUACCCGAUCAAGCGACGUCGGUUUGGUUUCCCGCAAAGUUGAAGAAUCUUCUAUAAGAAGAUAUGAAGCUGCUGGGUGGCUUAGAGAAAUGGUUGGAGUUUCCAGUGGUAAAGAUUUCCCAGCUGAGCCUUCUGAAGAAGAUUUUAGGCUUGGGUUGCGAAGUGGGAUUGUUCUUUGUAAUGUUCUUAACAAAGUUAAUCCUGGCUCAGUGUCUAAGGUUGUUGAAGCGCCUGAUGAUGUUGCGGAUGGAGCUGCACUCUCAGCUUUCCAGUACUUUGAAAACAUCAGGAACUUUUUAGUUGCUAUUGAGGAUAUGGGUUUGCCUUCAUUUGAGGCUUCAGAUAUGGAGAAGGGAGGCAAGUCUGUAAGGAUAGUGAACUGCAUUCUUGCUCUGAAAUCUUACAGUGAGUGGAAACUCAAAGGUGAAAAUGGUCCAUGGAGGUAUGGAUCCAACAUGAAGAAUAACUUUGGUUUGAGAAAACCAUUCCUGAGGAAAAAUUCUGAGCCCUUCAUGAGUUCCAUUUCAAGAACUGAUCAACCUGAUGUUGGGCAAGAUCUUUGUGACAAAGGAGAUUCUAGAUCCAUAAAUGGGCUUGUUCGGUCAUUCAUUGCAGACAGAAAGCAUGACGAUAUUCCAAAUGUUGUAGAGUCUGUAUUGAACAGAGUUAUGGAAGAAGUCCACCAGCGGUUAUCAAUCCACAAUGAAAUGAUGAAACCAAGUUCAAAACCUAUUCCAGAAGAUGUAUCAUCCUGUGAGACAGUGGUCCGGUCUCAGCAGUGUGAUGCAAGAGAAGAUGAGGAAGCAGAAGAAACCAGUCCGUCCCAGGUUGUAGAAGAAAAGUUUCAAAGGACACAUUUUGAACAUUACGAAGAACAAGAGAUUCUUCGGAAUCAACAAAAACACAUCCAGGAGUUGAAGCAAACCUUAAACACUACAAAAGCGGGAAUGCAGUUACUGCAGAUGAAGUAUCAAGAAGAUUUCUUUCACCUAGGCAAGCAUUUAAAUGGUUUAGCUUAUGCGGCCACGGGAUACAAAAGGGUUCUUGAAGAAAACCGCAAACUGUACAAUCUAGUGCAGGAUCUAAAAGGAAACAUACGGGUGUACUGCCGGGUCAGGCCUUUCAUGCCUGGGCAACCAACUGACUUGAGUGCUGUGGAACACAUAGAAGAAGGGACCAUCACGAUCAGAGUGCCAUCAAAGUAUGGGAAAGCAGGGAAUAAACCAUUUAUGUUCAACAAAGUCUUUGGUCCUUCUGCAACACAAGAGGAAGUGUUUUCAGACAUGCAGCCUUUGGUACGGUCAGUUCUUGAUGGCUACAAUGUCUGCAUCUUUGCUUAUGGCCAAACCGGGUCAGGGAAAACUUUUACCAUGACAGGGCCUAAGGAGCUGACUGAAGAAAGCCUAGGUGUAAACUACAGGGCACUGGCAGAUCUGUUUCUUCUAUCAAAUCAAAGAAAAGACACGACCAGCUACGAAAUUUCAGUUCAGAUGCUGGAGAUUUACAACGAGCAAGUCAGAGAUCUUCUUGCAACUGAUGGCCAGACUAAAAGGUUAGAGAUCAGAAACAACUCUCAAAAUGGAAUUAAUGUGCCGGAAGCAAGUUUAGUGCCUGUCUCAUCGACGGAUGACGUUAUACAUCUGAUGGAUCUGGGACAAACGAACCGUGCAGUGAGCUCUACAGCUAUGAAUGAUAGAAGUAGUCGAUCCCACAGUUGUGUAACUGUUCAUGUUCAAGGCAGAGACCUCACAUCUGGUACUAUCCUACAUGGUUCUAUGCAUCUGGUUGAUCUUGCAGGGAGUGAGAGAGUAGACAAGUCUGAGGUGACUGGAGACAGACUGAAGGAGGCUCAGCACAUCAACAAAUCCCUCUCGGCUCUUGGAGAUGUCAUCUCCUCGCUUUCCCAGAAGACUUCUCAUGUGCCUUACAGAAAUAGUAAACUCACUCAGCUUCUGCAGGACUCCCUCGGAGGAUCAGCCAAGACGCUUAUGUUUGUCCACAUAAGUCCAGAAGCUGACACUCUCGGAGAAACUAUUAGCACUCUGAAGUUUGCUGAACGAGUGGGAAGUGUUGAGCUAGGCGCUGCUCGUGUGAACAAAGAUAACUCAGAGGUUAAGGAGCUUAAAGAACAGAUUGCUAAUCUUAAGAUGGCUCUAGUGAGGAAAGGAAAUGGUAAUGAUGCACAACCAACCACUAUACCAACCAACCGUGAGAGAAUAUCGAGAAGAAGAUCACUUGAAACUCCUACUAUUCGACCCAAAUUACCUACUAUGGGAAACACAUCAAGCAACAGUAAGCCCCAGAUCAUGGAUCUAAGUGGACCAGAGGCUUUUAGCGACUCUACUGCAUCUUCAAGAAGACACAGCUUAGAUAUCCAUGAGCUUAUGAAAUCUUCUUCUCCGGCUUGGCCGAGGCAAUCACUCGAGGAUAGAGAAUCUAAGUCAGGGGAGUGGAUCGAUAAGCACGAAGAACUAAUUCAAGAUCAUAAUCCGAAUUCUGCUGAGCAGUUUUACCAGUCAAUGGUCCCUCAACAACAUUCACUAAAUGGUGGGAAACAAGAUUUCGAAGUGCAGAGUAUUACGGAUAACGAAUCUGAUGAAGCCACAGCAAGCGAUUGCUCAGAUUCCGAUUUGCUGUGGCGAUUGAGCGUUCAAGUGAAUGUUCCCAGAGUUUCUAAUGUCCAAAACUCAGCAAACCCCAAACCAAAGAAAAUUCAGCCAAGAACUGCCAAACUCUCAGAAACUAGAAGCUUAAUUCCAUCGCUGAUCCCAGCACCAAGCAAGAGACUUCCUAACACAGUAAAUUCGCAGCCGCAGCGACCAACCAGAGAUGGGAAACGCAGACUGAGUUUAGGCACAUGAACAUGUUUUCUCACCAGUUUUGUAAAGAGUUUUUAAAGGAAGGAGACAAAAAGAUUUGUUAUUUGUA